UAAGCGCGCGCGCGCGCGCGAAAUCGCGUUAUUCUGUGCAGAGUGCUCUUCGUCUUUUCUGAGAAAAUCGGGAGGGAAGCCGAGCGCGAGUCGCGACGAAACCGCGCGAUCUUCGGGGCGGUAGAGGGAGAGAGGAGGGGGGAGAGAGAGAGAGAGAGAGAGAGAAAGAGUCCCGAUUCCGCGAGUAGCGGUCACCGGUCACAGUCGCGCGCGAGACGUCGUCGAGGUUGCUUCGUGUACGAGUGUGACAUUUUUGGAAAGGAAAUUUUACGCGUUUGGUAAAAAAAACUGAUUGAUCGAUUUUAGCGGCGAUAUAACCUCUAUCGUAGGAUUAUCGGUACGUGUUUUGUAUAUGUGUACGUUUUUUGUGAUAUGUUUUUAUUGUGUGAUGUAUUUUUUGUUCUCUCCGCUUGGAGAGUUAGUUUUAUUUUACGGUGAUACUGUCUCGCGUGUAAAAGUGUUGACGAUUUCGAAGUAAGACGCGAGAAGUUGUCUCUCCUCGCGACAACGCGAUACUUCAUUUUGAAACUGGGCAGUUAUCGAUUUUCGAUUUCGCUCGAGUAAAUAUUUUCCGUUUUUCUCUUAUCCUCUUAUUUAUCCUCUUUUAUUUCUAUUGCGCGGAGAGAUCGCUCGUCAAUUAUUCUCGAUAAUUUCUCGUGCUGGAAAUGAAGUCGGGAUCAUAUUAUUCGAGGUUUAUCGGACACGUCACGGAACGUGUAAGAAAUUUCACAGCCGCGUUCGUUCGAGUUACUCGCGAGGAGAUUGAUUCGCGAUUAUCGACUUGGCCCGACGCCAAUUCGCAAUUCAUAUCCGCGCAGGCAGGCGGUCGGCUUCUAAUCGUAAACUUUCGAUUCUCAUCGGAGUGAAUAUCGACGCUGAAUCAAUCCGGCCAACUAAACCGUCUGAAUAACGCGCGUCAGACGCUCAUCUCGAUUACGAAAUUUCAUCGCGGGGGAGGGGAGGGGAGGGAGGGAGGGACUCAAUCUUCGGGGUCGCUAACUUUUCGCGUAUAUCGGCAACUACCGGCUUCGGGAAACCAGGGUUUUUCAACUUCUCUUUUUCGGUUAAACUCCGGUAAACUUAAUUUCCCGAACUACCUUCUCCUUUAGAAAAACAAGCUUUCCUAAGGCUGCUUUUUCAUCAAAGGAGAGAGCUUGUCGAGAGUAAUACUCGGCGACAGAAGCAAAAGUUUCGAUCUAUCGCGCGCGUACUUCACUUUGGUUAAAAAAAAACAAAAAAAAAAAAUCAAAACGAUUAUCGGGACAAAUAAACGCUCCGCGUAAGAAAUAUUUGUUACGUCACAAGCCGAGAUCAGCUUUGAAGAGUGAUUGUGAAAAUUUAUCGAUCGCUCGAGAUUUUUUCGUCGGUUGAAAAACACUGGUCGAAACGAAACAAGGGGGAGAUCGUCCUUUUUCUUACUACGCAGCGCGUCUGUCCUUGAACAGGUUAAAGAAGGAGAAGAGGGGUUAUCUCGGCGGGGCUUUAUAUAGGACGAUUCAUACGAUACGAUACGGCUUCGCGCGAUAGAUGAUGCAAUUCUCGAUCCUGCUCGCCUAAGGAAGGAAAAGUCCGCGACUUGACGUUAACAGCACGAUUCUGAGACGACCUGCCUUGUUCCCCUCCCCUCCUCCUCCCCUCUUGCUUCAUCUCAUUCUUACCUCGCCUCGCUUCACCUCAUUCUUACCUCGCCUCGCUUCGUCCCGUUCUCACCACGCUUCUCACACCUCAUCAUCUUAUCCUUAACCAGCGAUUCCUGCCGCAAUGGUGUGCGUGAGAUCGCGCGCGCGAAUCGUUGACGGACUUGGCGGGAGCGGCCUGUAACUCGUAACAGCAGCUGGUGAUAUUCGCGCGAGUACACGUGGGAAAGGAAGAGGAGAGGUGGCCGGAGAAGAGAGGAGCCAAAUCCGAGAAGGAGAAAGAGAGAGAGAGAGAGAGAGAACCUAGAUCCAUCUCGGGUCUCCGACAGCGGCCAUGCGGCCCUUUGGGAUAUCCUCGAAACGGUCGUCCGUCGUCAGCGAAAAAGACAUGAGCAUCCUUCUCUUUAACGGAUUCCUCUUACUGGGCUUUGUCGUGGCCACGGUACCGGAUGUUCUGGUGUUAGGUUCACCCGGCGCCAUGCAAAUCAUGGAUCGGGAUCCGUCCACGAAGAAAUGUCACUACAACAGGGCCAUGUCGUUGCUGGAGGCGCGGUGCUCGAAUCUGGAAUUGCACGAAAUCCCGACACAUUUGAAGGCGGACAUACAGGUGCUGGAUGCUACCGUGAAUCGAUUGAGGGAACUGACAAACGACAGUUUGGCUCUGUACAAGAAUCUAGCCUACAUCUACCUAGCUGACAAUUUCAUUCAGAAUAUCGAGGAAGCAGCCUUCGCUAAUCAACUUUAUCUGGAGGUGCUGGACCUCUCGCAGAACGGUUGUGACAAUUUGCCCAAGAAUCUCUUUCAAUUGCCAUAUCUCCGCACGCUGUACCUCGGUCACAACAAACUCACUGAUUCGGUGUUCAAGGUAAAGGUCACCUCGCCCCUCAGAUUGCUACAGUUGACCAAGAACAAGCUCACCAGGAUCCCGAAUUUAGGCGCUCAGCCAAAUCUUCUUCGUCUCAACGUGUCCGACAAUGUCAUCGUCUCGGUCAGCACCGAGGAUCUGGCGCCAUUGUGCUCGUUGAAAGAGCUCGACUUAUCCAGGAAUAUCAUCAGAUUCAAUCCUGGCAGUUGCGACUGUCAGAUGUUCAGUGCUUGGGCGAAGCUGAGGCAGAUCAAGAUCAAGCCUGAUGAUUUCUAUAAUUGCACCGAUUCACCGGCUGAGGAUUGCGCUAAUAUGCAGUUCAGCAAUCGGACGUACGAGCUGUACAACGAAUGCUCGGCCAUCAUACAGCAGGAGGUAGAGACCGAGAAGGCUCGAUCGGCAUGGAUACUGGUAGCUUCAUGCGUCUCGGUGUUCCUCUUCAUAGUCUUUGUGACACUGUUCUGCGUUCACAAGCGGAAUCGCAGGCGACGCAGGAAGCAGAAGGAGCAGCAGCAGUUAACGGCGAACAACGCCAACACCGAGUUGCUCAACAGCAAUCUGACGGCGGGUAAUUCGUGAAAUAAUUGCCAGAAGAAUGUACAAGAGUAGAAGCGUUGUAAUGGCUCUUUUGCGUCAACGAUGAGAGUAGAAUUCUACGCGUUCCGAAAGGGGGAUGAAAGUUUUAAUGUAUUCACUUUGAGAAGUAAUAAAAACGACGUUCAAAAUAUCCAAGAAAGAACUGUUGGUGUUUAUUGAGAGUUUAAUCGACGGAUUUACAGAGAAUUUAAUCGGAUAUAUCUGCGAUUACGUGCCUAAGUUUGUAUCUGAUCAUUAAUACAUCGCAAUGUUCAAUAAAAGUAAGAUUAUAUAGUUCGAAAUGCUCCUGGCGCGAUUGCCAUUUUGAACAAUAUUACAAGUUUUUGAGAAAAAGUGAGAUAUAUUAUUAUAUAGCCUCUUGAAAAAUGCGAACGACGCGAUUAAAAGUAAAGGCGUUAUCAUUCAGAGGCCGAGAUAUCGAACAAAAAAUAUGUUGAAAUGGUACUUAUUAUUGUUAGAGAUUACUUAAGAUUUUGAAAAGGGGAAAACAGCUUUACGGAAAGUAAUCGAUAAUAAUGAAGAAGACAGCUCCGCGGAGAUUAUACUUAUAAGAUAUAAACGCGUUAACUUAUAAAAAUGUGUAAAUGUUCUAUAUUGUGUUCACGCAUAUAUAAUGGUUACGAUAUUUACAUAUAAGAUCUACGUGAAUGUGCGGCGGAUUUUCAAGAAACUCUGCGUGUUCGAACAAAUAUUAUCUCACUGUAUUCUCCUCGCGACGAUAUGUAGGAAAUCUCGAUAUUGAUUUCUUCGAUGUCGAUCGAAUGAAUCUCAAAAAGCCGAUCGCUCAAUGUCGUCGCGUGCUUUUUGUCGAUGUAAUAGCAUUGCGAAAGCGUGCAUUUACUAUACGAUUUACACGGUACUUAAGCAGAAUUUUCUCCCUUGGAGAAUUUUUCGACGCCAAAGUGGAUUUUUUUUUUAUAUCCAAGUGUCGAUAGUUUUAUUUACUUCCUAUUGGAAAACUCUUCUCCCUUACAAUUUUGCAAAUAUUUGUAUUUAUUUCUAAUCAAACUUAAAUAGCUUUAUUUACUAGAUUUAAUAUCUCUAAUCGAAACUUUUUUGUGUAUUUAUUUGUAAAGAUAUAUGUACGGAUAUUAUAGUAACAGGACCUACGCGCUUACUUCUUUGAGCUGUGGUCGACAUUUCUUUUUUUUGUUUCUAAAACAUUUCUAUUAUGCGAAUAUGUAUGUAUAUUAUUGUAAAUUAUAUAUACAUUUAGAGGAUAAAUAAUUAAGUUAUAUAUAUAUAUAUAUUAUAUUAUAUGUACGCGAAAAGCCCUUUUCAAUAUAUAAAAGAAUAUUACCGAAUCGUAUCUUAAACUUUUCACACAGUGUUUUCUUUAGUUCCUAGUACUUAUAUGUAUCUUUAUUUCAUACGGGUAUAUGAGAUUGUUUUAUUUCAUUGUAAUAUUGUAAGGCGAAUAGAAUAUAAUUGUACCAUCGAAAUGAUUAAUAUAACUUACACUUACACGUAAUAAUACGUGAUGCGCGCAUUUUACGAUAUGUCAAAAAAGUUUUAUACUAAUUUCCACGUUGCUCUUUUUAAUAUGUAUGAAAAAUCUUUAUAUGUACAGAGAUAUUAAUAAAACUUGGAGAUCCACAAUAAAUCGUCUUCAAGUAAGACUAAUAA